AUGCCGUUCCACUCGCCGGAGACGCUGCGGCCCUUCGACCUGCACUUCGGCGGCCUGCCAGCCUUCUUCGCUCGUCGGCGCAGGAAGGACGCUCGCCAGCGGCGGCAGCGGACCACCUUCACAUCGGAGCAGACGCUGCGGCUCGAGAUGGAGUACCACCGCAACGAGUACAUCUCCCGGCCGCGCAGAUUUGAGCUUGCUGAAAGCCUGGAUCUCACUGAAACGCAAAUAAAGAUUUGGUUUCAAAACCGGCGGGCGAAAGACAAGAGAAUCGAGAAAGCCCAAGCGGACCAGCAAUACCGGUGA